AUGCGUUGCCUCUUUUCCUUGGCGUGUUGGUUCUUCCUCCUCGGCUUCUCCAGCGGGGCUACCGAGGAACAGCAACAUGAUUCUACAGGCACCAUGGAGUUCGGUAUGGUCUUUCCAAUCAAUGAGACGACUAUCAAUCCCUCUUUGGUCAUGCCUUUCGUAUUCUCUUACCAAAACCCCGAACUUGUUCCUAUUCUGCAACCUUAUCUUAUCUACGACGUCUACAAUUACAGUAAUAUGAGCCAGAAUGUUCUUCAAGGCAGGCUCAGACCGAGGUCUACUAAUCUCUCAGCCACUUCUGACCUUCAGUUUGAAGCGAAUUACCAUCGGGAGUUCGCUAAUGAAGGCAAAUGGCUUAUAACGCUCAUUCUUGGCUUCUUCACUUGCUACGAGGACCCGGAUCGCACCUACAACAAUACAUACACCAUUGGGACCUACCAUGCCAAGGCCAAUAUUACAUUCACUACAGAGGGUCCUUCGAAACAGGUCGACCUCGUUGCUGCGACUAACAGCAAAAACUGUUCAUCUCCACCUGCACUUACCGUCAAGGUCCAGGACACGGUCAAAGUCCCUCAAUCGGAUCCUCGUGCCGAUGGUUUGGCUGAAGUCUGCUUAGUCGACGCUCUAGCAAGCCGACUCGACCCUCUAGCAACUUGGGCGGACAAGUGUGUCGCGAUGGUCCCUACGGCUACAUCAAGCAUCGCCGCCGAAGUUUCUUCUUGGACAUGUAGAGGCAACAUCAACUACACAGAACGACCUGACGGAAUAGAUUGUGAAACAUGGAAAGACGAAGAGAGUAUGGGAUUGCGAAUUGUUUUUGGAGGAACCACUUGUUUAGCAGUCUUAGUGGGAGCUCUAGACUACAUGCUGUAA